CAAUGAGUCAGCGCAAUGGCCUUGCUAUACAUGUAAUUCGAAAAGUAACGUCAAUAGUCUGACCAUGGAGGUAGAAAACUACCUCCAUGGUCUGACCUCAAAAUUGAGAGUGCUUGCACUUUGAAAACCUAUUGCAAUGCUAAUGAUUUCCAUACACUUUGUGCAGCCAACCGCGACAUGACUGUACCCAGUGGUACUGCUGUACACAAGUGCUAACCAAAUCCAGUUCACGGUAUUCUGUACUACUGCGAAUGGGUGUUGCUAUCUUGGGCGCUUCCUGUAAUAGAAUGUUUGUGUAUCAUCAACUGCAGGUUACAAUUUACAAUGACGAAUAUGAACUUGUUGUUUGGAACGGCCGCGGUACGCAUUGGUAGUGUCAUGAUACGUAAACAAGAGGUUGGGGACGAUUCAUUACAUUCAAUGUGGAUGCAUCAGCCUGAGGCAACUUUCACACACACGCAGAGUUGAAAAGCCGCCAGUUUUAAUAUAAGUUGUCCGCGCUGAAUCGUACGAUAGACUCAACCAUUCCGCUGUUUGUGUUCAAGUGCUCGUGUUCGGGCAACUGGCGUGCAGACAGUCACAGGCUUUUGAAGUACGCGGUAUGUGGCUGUGAAAUCACUGUCACACUGCUAUUAAUUAUAGCCGUAUUGUGUUGGGACGGCAUAAACUUGUAUCGCACAAGCACAAGAACUUUCUGUUUACCUAGCCCCUGUAAAUCAUGGCAGGAACAACCGACUUAGUUAGCACUGAUGGAUCGAGGUUUGCGCUGGAAACCAAUGGGGCAAACUCCACCGCGACAGAGUUCAUCACCCAUGGGUAUAGUAUGGCAACAACCCCAGACGACAAUGAUGAGGAUUAUUACGACGGGGAGUUCACGUUCAACGACUACACCCAAAGAUGCAUCGUGGGUACCAUAUUCGUCAUCGUCUCCAUUGUGGGGACAUUCGGGAACGGACUGGUCAUCCUGGCAGUCAUCUUGUCUAGAAAGCUCCGGACAGUGACCAAUGUCUUCGUGGUCAACCUGGCUGUGGCUGACUUACUGGUGUGCCUGAUCCUGCCCUGGAAUGCAGUGGGGCUGUUCACCAGCCCUGAACUGGGAUGGCCCCUGCCGGAGAAGCUGUGCGUCGCCGUGGCUUUGAUCUCCUACACAUGUGGCGGCUGCAGCCUGUACACGCUCGCCACCAUUGCCAUCAACCGUUGGAUGCUCAUCACCCGUCCAUCAAGGACAUACCGUACGUGCUACAAGCCGGCCUAUCUCGCGGUCAUGGUCACCGUCGUCUGGUUGAUUCCCCUCCUCGUGGCUUGGGUUCCUCCGAUGUUAGGACUCGGUGAGCUGGGCUACACGGAAAAAUACAGCACCUGCACUCACAAGAACUCUCACGAAUUGGCGCCUUACUACAGUCUUCUGCAGUCUAUAAUCUUCCUCCCCGUCCCUUUUAUCAUAAUCAUCGUCAGCUACGUGAACAUCUUCAGGCACGUCAGGCAGCACACCAAGGUCCUGAUGACCAACCAGGAGAAGUCCGUAGAGUUAUCGGAAACCUCAAACUAUCGGGAGAAUAACACCAGCGGAGCCAGGGAACUGGAGCCGUCGUCUCCUGUCGGGCGCUCGCAGAACCUGAGCGUUGCAAAGAAACGCCUAAGCAGGCGCCAGGUCGAGAUCACCAAGAACCUGUUCUACGUGGUGUGCGCCUUCACCGUCUGCAUCUUACCCUACGGGAUCGCUUUACUUAUCCCGCCCAGUGACCCAAUCAUUCCAUGGACUGCUGCUUUAUUUCUCGUCAACAGCUGCAUCAAUCCCAUCAUCUAUGCCACCAAGCACCCGUACUUUAAGCAGGUCUUUAAGCUGAUGCUGACCUGCCACUGCGGUAAAAUCCCUGAGCAAUCUGAUUUUCUUCGUUCCGUCCGGUCAACUGUGAGGCGUAGUCGUGGACGAAGUAAGCGCCAUAACUAAAUAACUAAUACAUCCGUUCGAAAACUACAUGAUAUCGAGGACGUUGGUUUUAUUGGGGUUUUUUCUUGGGAGAGUGUAUAAAUGUGUAUAUAAGAAGCCUAAAACUUUUCGGCCGCUUAUUAGUAACAAUGUCAUGAUCUUUCUUUCUGCACACCGUACCCGUGCAGCCAACGUAUACUACAUGUAUGUGUUUCUUGUCUACUACGGGUUGAAGUUGAAAAAAAAGAGUAGUUACUGCGAUGUCCGUUUACGUUACAAAUGGUAGUUGCAAAACUUACAACCAUCAUUGUUUGCACCGUUUAUGCCUUAUAUCAGGUUUCUAUAUUCGAAACACAUGACCUUAACUUGGAUGAGAAAACAGUUAAUACUGCUCUAAAUACUUAAUUUUAUAUACUUUUAAGAACUUCACUGCAAGGACAAAAUUUUGAUAGUUCUUCAUACUGCUAGUGAUGUACGUUUAUUAAUGUAAAUUGUAUGCAGUCAUAAUAAGGUUUUAUAUUUGUUACACAAAAAGUACCAUGUGGCUUAUUUUGUACAACUCCCAUGAGUGACAAAUCCUUUUUAUUAUUAUGUUAUGCAACAUGUAUAUACAUUGUGUAAUGUGUAAUCGUCUAUACAAAGUGUAUAUGACUUUCUCAUUUGGUCAAUUACAGGAAAUGCUAUAAUAAUGACAUGUAUUUUCCCGUAAGUUUUUCUUUACAAAGGUAUGUUGUCUGGUAUGUCAUAUAAUUAAACAAUUAACAACUCCGGUAAACAAUGAAAUGCCUGGUCGGGACAUAUUAAAAGACAAAACAUAAUUCUCACAUGGAAACACAAUGUACGUCCAAUAAUUAUACCUCCACAAAAUACUAAGACAUAUAAUUAUGAACAUUUGCUUUUUUGCACAUUUCUAUCAUUUGAAGUAACGAAAGCACUCAAUGAUCUUAAAGCAUGGUGAAUAACAACUAUAACCUGUUGAAGUUUUAGCUCUGUGACUACUAAACAUUUUUAGAAAACAGAGAUAACAUACGAAAUGUGGGUUUUCGUAAAUUAAUGUUAUAAUGCCAAUGCUAAUGCAUGUUAAAAAAAUUUCCAGCAGGCACCCUA